AUGAAGCCUAUCUUCAGAGUACCGAAAACAUUUUUGUUCAUCUCUAGAGUAUCUUUAAGACACUAUAGUGCUGAGAAUGCUCGACCAGAAAUCUCAAAACUUAGAAUUAGUUUUGACAAAGUUCCCGAAUCAGAUUGCGAAAGUACUGAUGGCUCGUAUUCAAGUAAUGCAGAUAAUAGCCUUUUUCCACAACAGGAGAGAAAUGUAUCAACUACUAAGCACUUAAAAGCUUCUCUGCCUCCAUCAUUGCAAUACGUGCGUGACUUGAUGGAUUUGUAUAAAGAUCAUGUGGUUUUAACGCAAAUGGGAUCGUUCUAUGAACUCUAUUUUGAGCAAGCGAUUAAGUAUGCUCCUGAGUUGAAUAUAUCACUUACCAAUCGAGCUUACAGUCAUGGCAGAGUUCCAUUUGCUGGAUUCCCUGUAAAUCAAUUAAGUAGACACUUAAAAAUGCUCGUUAAUAACUGUGGAUACAGUGUAACUAUUGCAGAGCAAUUCAAAAAGAAGGAUGUAGCAGAUAAUGAAGUUAAUAAGUUUUAUAGAAGAGUGACUAGGAUUGUCACACCCGGUACUUUUAUUGAUGAAGCAUUUGAAAAUCUGAGAGAGAAUACGUACCUACUGAACAUUGAAUUUCCUGAAAAUUGCAUGAGCCAAGUGGCAGAUGUGAGUCUGAAAGUGGGUAUAUGUUGGUGCGAUGUGAGUACUGGAGAAAUAUUCGUUCAACAGGUAUACCUUAAAGACUUGGUUUCUGCCAUAACAAGAAUUCAACCUAAGGAGAUUCUAUUAGAUGAAAGAUUACUAGAGUUUCAUAUCGAAUCAGGGGCCUGGUACCCAGAACUCGUUGAGCUUAAAAAAUUUUUUAUAAAGUACCAAAAAAUGCCCAGUCAACACCGCACUAUUGAGUCGUUUUAUGGGCUGUUUAAUUUGGGUGGAAAAGAAACAACAGAUAGGCAACUGAGAAUCCAAUUUCAAACUUUCACUCAGAAAGAGCUGGCUGCCCUAAGAAACACGUUAAUAUACGUUAGUGAGCAUCUGCCAGAUUUCUCCAUCAAUUUUCAGAUUCCUCAGAGACAGUUAGCUACCGCAAUUAUGCAAAUUGAUUCAAGAACUAGCACGGCACUUGAACUGCAUUCUACUGUGAGGGACAACAAUAAAAAAGGCUCUUUGUUAUCAUCUAUUAGGAGGACAGUAACGCCUUCUGGAACGAGGCUUCUAUCUCAAUGGUUAAGUGGGCCUUCCCUCGAUCUGAAAGAAAUCAAAAGACGCCAGAAAAUUGUAACAUUUUUUAAAGACAAUAUUGAUAUUACUGAGGGACUACGCUUAAUGUUGAGAAAAGUAAAUGAUCUAUCUCGUAUACUGCAGAAAUUUAGUUUUGGAAGAGGUGAGGCACUGGAAUUGGUUCAAAUGGCGCACUCACUGCAGGUUUCAAGACAAAUAAGAGAAUUUUUACUGAAUAACACUUCAUUGAUGAAGCCCACAUUGAAGAGCCAAAUUACACAGCUGACAGAACCUCUAGGCUUUGAGAAAAACUUGAUUGAUGAUAUCUUGAAGUUUUUAAAUGAGGAGGAGCUAGUGAAAUCACAAGAUUCCAAACAGAGUGGGAAUACGAAUAUAAUGCUUGAGAUAGAAAUAAAAGACAGAAAAGUAAAAGAAAAAGAUGAAGUGUAUCAAUUGACCAAUUUUAUUGUUAAUCCUUCAUUCAAUAGCAAACUCAGGAAACUGCAUGAAGCAUACCAGAAAGUUUGGAGCAAAAAAAAAGAAUUCAAUGCUUCACUAAAAGACCUGUUUGUUGGUGAACUAGGUGCUAAAACUCUCGUUUUGAAAGAAAGACAAAAUGGUGAGUACGCGCUUCAUGUGACAGGAACAGCCACUAAUUUAAAGAGAAUUGAUGAGUCGAUUACUAAAAGGACUGAAUACUACGGAAGCUGUUUCCAUAUUUUGCAAAAAUCUAACCAAACACGAUGGCUGAGUCACAAAAUUUGGACAGAUCUGGGGCAUGAGUUAGAAUUAUUAAUUCUAAAGAUUAGGAACGAAGAGACCAACAUUAUUGACCUCUUCAAAAGAAAAUUCAUUGAUAGAAGUAACGAAGUUAGACAAGUUGCAACUACAUUGGGUUACCUUGACACCUUAUCAUCGUUUGCAGUUCUAGCUAAUGAGAAAAAUUUAGUCUGCCCUAAGGUGGAUGAGAGCGACAAACUAGAAGUGGUGAAUGGGAGACACCUGAUGGUCGAAGAGGGCCUUUCCGCACGUUCUUUGGAGACAUUCACAGCCAAUAACUGCGAAUUAGCAAAAGACAAUUUAUGGGUAAUCACUGGACCAAAUAUGGGUGGUAAAUCUACAUUCUUGAGGCAGAAUGCAAUUAUAGUAAUUUUGGCACAAAUUGGAUGUUUUGUUCCAUGCAGAAAGGCGCGUGUUGGUAUUGUAGAUAAGCUCUUUAGCAGAGUUGGUUCAGCAGAUGAUCUAUACAAUGAGAUGAGUACGUUCAUGGUUGAGAUGAUAGAAACAUCGUUUAUUCUGCAAGGGGCUACGAAACGAUCUUUGGCUAUUCUUGAUGAGAUUGGACGUGGCACUAGUGGCAAAGAAGGCAUUAGCAUCGCAUAUGCAACAUUAAAGUAUUUGAUAGAAAAUAACCAAUGUAGAACGCUCUUUGCUACACAUUUUGGCCAAGAAUUGAAGCAAAUCAUCGAUAACAAAUGUGCGAAGGGUAUGCGUGAAAAGAUAAAGUUUUACCAAAGUGGAAUCACAGAUUUGGGUGGCAACAAUUUCUGUUACAACCAUAAGUUGAAACCAGGUAUUUGCAUGAAAUCUGAUGCCAUUAGAGUGGCAGAAUUGGCAGGAUUUCCAAUGGAAGCAUUACAAGAAGCUCGAGAAAUACUAGGCUAA